AUGUCUGCUCCGUCUUUCCCCAUCCUCCGUCUUCCAGCGAAGGCCCUUCGUUCUACUCUUCAGAAUUUUAAAUUCGCGGAUUUUUGAAAUGAGUUUCUCCCUGAUCUCUCCAACAUCCGUAAAGCUUCUGAACAUCGAAGCAGGAAAUGUGUGCGUAGUUCUGGAUCACCUUAUGGGUAUCAUUGUUUGGUCUGCCAAUGGAUGCUGCAGGUUCUUAUUCAUUCCUCCUUCAGACGACGUUGAGGAGCACUUUACGAAUUGGAUAUUGCUCAAUGAAAGCUUUUCGAUGAGACGUUGCGUUGAGAAUUUGCUCGUCGCUCUGGAUCUUCUGGAAAUUGAUAUGUUGUUUGUUAUGGAUGAAGAUGUGAUCUAUGACGAGCUGAAAGGAAUCAAGUUGUGGAAGCUCGUGAUGGGAGAGAACAACCCAACGAUGUUCGAUCUCUACUACCGUGACGCCAUGAAUAUCAGCAUUGCCGACAGAGCUCUCCUUGGUGAGCAGUUCAGGGCUCUAGUCUCCGAGAACUUGGAUCGCCUGGAGUUUACUGCAGAAUGUGUCAUCGGACUUGACGAUCUGCUCUCAUGCAACGCUCAGGAUCUUUAGAUCUGAAAAUCGAGCACCCAUUCUCUUUAUCUGAUUUGAAUCUGUUUCUCAGACAUCUCAUCAAUGGGUCGAAUCCUAGAUUGGCAGAAGCUCAUAUUGCACUGGCAGAGGACAACCUUGAGAACUACAAAGAAGUUUUGCUGAAAGGUAUCGAGUACCGGACGUCUCGCUCUUCCGAUAUCUACCAAGAUGGAUUUUUGAUUAAAGACUUGGCACUUUGUCGCAACGAUGGAGUUGAAGUAUGGGCUUCCGUGGAUCCAAGAAGCCAGAACUUCUACUUGUUUGCUGAUCUGGAUAAAUCUCCAUUUCGCCAUAAGUGA